UUGGGAGAAUGGAGCCUACUCAUGGUCAUCCAGAUUUUGUUGGACGGCGUCUUGUGGAUGGUUUGGCUCCUCGAAGCCCAGUUAGAGAUUACCCUGGCCUCCCACCUCAUGGGUUUAGAGGCUUUGGCCCUGAUGAUUUUGAUGGCAGGGAGUUUCAUCGAUUUGGUGAUCCACUUGGAAAUCAAUUCCAUGAGGGUAGGUUUUCUAAUUUGCCCGGUCAUUUUCGUAGGGGAGAGUUUGAGGGUCCUGGUAAUCUGCGAAUGGUUGAUCAUAGAAGGAAUGAUUUUAUUGGUCAAGAUGGUCACCCUGGUCAUCUUCGGAGGGGAGAUCAUUUAGGUCCUCACAACUUGCGAGAACCUCUGGGUUUUGGUUCUCGUCAUUCACGCAUGGGAGACAUGGCUGGGCCCGGGAACUUUGAGUCAUUUCGAGGCAACAAGCCCAAUCAUCCUCGCCUUGGUGAGCCUGGAUUUCGAAGCAGCUUUUCACUUCAGAGAUUUCCAAAUGAUGGAACUUAUACAGGAGAUCUGGAGUCUUUUGAUCACUCAAGGAAAAGGAAGCCAGCUAGUAUGGGGUGGUGUCGGAUCUGUAAAGUUGAUUGUGAAACAGUGGAAGGCUUGGACUUGCAUUCACAAACAAGGGAGCACCAGAAGAUGGCUAUGGAUAUGGUACGAAGCAUUAAGCAGAAUGCUAAAAAGCAGAAACUAACCUCUGGUGAUCAGUCCUUAUUAGAGGAUGCAAACAAGUCAAAAAUUCCAGUAUUGAGGGCUGGGGAGAAAAGCAUUGAUUGAUGAUGGUGUGCUGCAAUGUGGAUCCCUUUGGUUGCAUUUCACUUGGGGUCCGAUUGUUUCUUUGGUAUUAUUGCGUUAGCAAUAUAGGUGAUGCACCCUUCCAUGCCUCUUUUUUCUACAUUCGGGGUGGUUCAUGCUAGUUUUGUCAUUUCAGGUUGCUGCCAUGUUAAUGGAGAUGGUAUUUGGAACUGGAGUUCAAUGGCAGUUAAGUUUGUUGGUUUUUGACUCUCAAGUUUUCUAUUCUCACUAGGAUUGUUUUCUGUUGACAUUAUCAUCAUUAGAAAUUCAAAAGUGGUAUACUGCUAUCACUUCUUUUGCAUUUGGAGCUGAGAUGGCAUUUGGUUUAUAGCA